UCUCGCGAUAUCUAGGGCUCACCCAGUAGAUUUUCGUUUGACUCGCGGUGUUUUUUCAAACGCUGGCGCAACGCGUUGAGCUAAAAACGUCGAUGCAGCCAGGGAGCGGGCGAAGUAGUGGCUGUCGCCCUCUGUGCGCUUCCAGCCCGCACGGGGACUGGGUAGUCACAGAUGUCGCCGCCUAUUGCGCCCCUCUGGGAGCCAGUGACCGGUAGGGGCGGAAGUUUUGAGAAUAUGCCGAGAAGAGAGGGAAAAGCUGCUUCCGGCCGUCCGCUGCGGAGUCUCUGUGGAGAAUGUCAGGUGAGAACGGACGGCGAAGAGUGGGCACGACUGGAUUACUUCAGCCACGAGAACAGCCCAUCUUCACCACCCGAGCGCACGUCUUCCAGAUUGACCCCAGCACCAAGAAGAACUGGGUGCCUGCAAGCAAGCAGGCCGUCACCGUCUCCUACUUCUACGAUGUCACGAGGAACAGCUAUCGCAUCAUCAGUGUGGAUGGAGCCAAGGUGAUCAUAAACAGCACAAUCACACCGAAUAUGACUUUCACCAAAACGUCGCAGAAGUUUGGGCAGUGGGCCGACAGCAGAGCCAACACGGUGUUUGGUUUGGGGUUUUCCUCUGAGCAACAGCUGACAAAGUUUGCAGAGAAGUUCCAGGAGGUGAAAGAAGCUGCCAAACUAGCCAGAGACAAGUCCCAAGAGAAAAUCGAGACCUCGAGUAAUCAUUCUCAGGCAUCCAGCGUCAACGGGACGGACGACGAGAAGGCCUCUCACGCGGGUCCAGCCGACACGCACCUCAAGUCUGAGAAUGACAAGCUGAAGAUUGCCUUGACGCAGAGCGCGGCCAACGUGAAGAAGUGGGAGAUCGAGCUGCAGACCCUGCGGGAGAGCAACGCCCGGCUGACCACGGCGCUGCAGGAGUCGGCAGCCAGCGUGGAGCAGUGGAAGCGGCAGUUCUCCAUCUGCCGCGACGAGAACGACCGGCUCCGCAACAAGAUUGACGAGCUCGAAGAGCAGUGCGGCGAGAUCAACAGGGAGAAGGAGAAGAACUCCCAGCUGAAGAGGAGGAUCGAGGAGCUGGAGGCAGAACUCCGAGAAAAGGAGACGGAGUUGAAAGAUCUCCGCAAACAAAGCGAAAUCAUACCUCAGCUCAUGUCGGAGUGCGACUAUGUCUCUGAGAAGCUAGAGGCGGCGGAGCGAGACAACCAGAACCUGGAAGACAAAGUGCGCUCUCUGAAGACGGACAUUGAGGAGAGUAAGUACCGGCAGCGCCACCUGAAGGUGGAGCUCAAGAGCUUCCUGGAGGUGCUGGACGGCAAGAUCGACGACCUGCACGACUUCCGCCGCGGCCUCUCCAAGCUGGGCACCGACAACUAGAGCCGCCAGGAGCCCCGAGUGCGCCGCCAGGAGCCCCGCCCGGGACGUCCCUGUCGUGUCACUUCGUGGCCGCCCGCUCCUCCUCUCCGGCGCAGACGGCUCCUCUCGCUUCUCGGCCUCGUGAGGCUGUGGACGCCCGCAAGGUUCUGACUCAGGAAUCCAGAACUAGGUCUACCUUAACCACUUACGCAGUCAGGGCAGGGAUGUUUCUAUCUUUCCUAAGGGCUGUUGCAACCAUAGGAACUGGGGGGAAAAAAGUAUUUUCUAAUCCAAAUAUCAAUAUUCUUCACACCAGGCCACAUGGCUCCUUUUGUCACAUGGCAUUCAGAGUCCCCGAACGGCCACCGAGGCCAGUCCCUGAGGCUGGAGGGAGCAACGUCCCUCUCGGUGAGCGCUGAGAUGCUUUAAAACAACCCUUUGGUCGAGUCUCAGCCAGAGAAAGAGAACAAGCUGCUGGCGGGUGAGUUUCUGGCAUGGUGACCGCCUGCAUCCACCGCGCUUGCCAGUUCAAAUGGUUGCGAUGAUGUCCCUUUUCUUGGUUUUAAUUUCUAGGCAGAUGAUUGUGCUGUGAGAACAGCACCCAGCGAGGGGCCUGGCACGGUGCCUGGCACAAAGUAGGUGCUUAAUAAAUAUUUGUUCAGUUAAACAUA